CACAUGAACAUGAUCAACGCCCUCGUCGCCCCUCAGGCUGUCCGUGCGCCUCUGGCCCUGCGCAGGUCCGCCAAGACUGGCUCCAAGACCCGCGCCGCGGCCGUCGCACCCAAGAUCGUCACCGCCUCCUCCAAUGCCCCGAUCGGCGGUGACAAGAAGAAGGGCGCGCGCGGCGAGGAGGCCUUCAGGCUCCAGGCGCUCGGCAAGAACCCCAUCGUGAACGCCGCCGCGGGUGCCAUGGACGUCAUCCCCGGCGACUACCGCAUCGGCGGAGUGCUCCUAGGCGUCGCCACCUUCCUCGGCCCCGUCUGCCACCUAUGGACCCAGUUCGGCAUCCACGGAUUCCUCGGAGCCUUCCUCGCGUUCCAGGCGUCCAGGGUUCGCUUCCGCUUCAGCGACACCGACCUCGACGUCGUGUUCAUCGAACCGGGCGCCGACGAUUCCACCGCCCUCGACGUCGACACCGAGAGCUCGGGCGACAACAAGCUCCAGGGGGGCGGCGCGAAUAAGUGGUCAUUCGACUCCGUCACAAACUGGGAGUUCUGGUUCCCCGGCUUCCCCGUGCUCGUGUACUACAAGGAGAACCAGACCAGGCCCGAGGGCCAGCCGCACUUCUUCCCCAUCAUCAUGGACGGCAAGAAGCUGUACGAGACGAUGCUGGCGAAGAUGCCGGAGAGUGUCAACAAGAAGCCGCUGGUGAGCGAGUGGAACCUGGACACGGCGUUUGAGUCCACCGCGCUGGGAAGGAAGAUCAAGGAGAGCCUGAGCGAGGAGCAGCUCAAGCAGCUGAAGGAUACCACGGGCUUCCCCGGCCUCGACAAGUGAGGACGUCGGCCGUCGUGAGACGACGAUCGACGAACGUGAUGCCCGCUCGCUGUAUGUUUUAAUAUGAAUAACGCCAGUUUUCGCUC